AUGCCUCCUAUCCGCGGUGUGAUCCAGGGCGCUGCUGUCCUCCUCGAAGGCCCAAUCUACGAUAAUGUGACGCACGAUCAAUGGCGAGCGGCCACCCAACCCAAAAUGUACGGUUCCUGGAUCCUGCAUAAGCUCCUACUAUCGCACGAGCUGCAAUUCUUUAUCAUGCUCAGCUCCAUUUCUGGGGUCGUUGGCGACCGCAGUCAGGCCAACUAUGCGGCAGGAAACACCUACCAGGACGCUCUGGCACAAUAUCGCCGGCGCUUACGUCUGCCUGCUGUCAGCGUCGAUCUCGGUUUGAUGCUGGGGAUUGGUUUGAUUGCCGAACGAGGUGGUGCGACGAACCUGAAGAAAUGGGAGGCAGUGGGUAUCCACGAGGCCGAGUUCCAUCGCCUACUCACGGCCGCUAUGACAGGCAGCUGGAGCUCGUCUCCCUUACCCACGCAAAUGAUCUCUGGCCUGCCCACAGGAGGUAUCCUGGCAUCUCAGGACCUGAUCCGGCCAUUCUACUUUGACGAUCCCCGCGAGGAUCAAGACCAGACGGGAGCUAGGAAUGACGAAGCAACCCUUGCGUCGCAGCUGGGUAUCGUGCAGUCUAUGCGCGAGGCCACCGAUGUUAUCGUCGGGGCACUCCGGCAACGACUCGCUCGGGAGCUCCAGACCGCGACGGAGAACAUUGACGCCAGUCUGCCGCUGCACAGCUACGGUGUUGAUUCUCUUCUCGCGGUCGAGAUCCGCACCUGGAUCCUGGUCCAUCUACAGGCGGAGCUUAGCCUAUUCAAUGUGCUAGGUAGAGGGAGUCUAUAUGGGCUCGCCGGUCGGAUUGCAGCCGUUUCGAAGGCUGUUCCUGGUAGUCUGCAGUGA